AUGGCCAGUCUCGUUGGCCUCCCGACCGAGCUGCUCGUCAGGUGCCUGUAUUUCUUGGAGUAUAUCGACCUCCUGGCGUGCCGGGCCGUAAACCGCCUGCUCAACACGGUCAUCAACGAGUCGAGUCUCCUCCAGUACACUAUUGAACUCGCCGCGGCGCACGCGGAGGACAACCCGUACUGCGACCUUCCAGCGUCCGAGAAGCUGCGCCAGCUGAAGGCGCGACAGAACGGGUGGCUCUACUUCAACGUGGCAGAGACCAUCGCCGUGGACGUCAAGCAUCGCCCUUCCGGCAUAUACGACUUCACCGGUGGCGUCUAUCUGCUCGGGGAAGCGCCGCAUUUUGGUGGCCCGAGACCGACGAAGGGCCUGCAGUACAUCCGCCUGCCGUCCUUGGGGGAGGCCAGAGCCAUCAGAGGGGAGCUCCCGUGGCAUGGGAUCGACGUGAAGGAAGAUAUAGUGGACGUGGGGCUGGCCGUACAGGAGCAUGAUUUGAUUGCCGUAGUGACCCAUGCCGCGAUCAUUGGCCCCAAUAGUAGGACCUUCAUCUCGUUCCAGAUCCUGCAAUUCUCGACAGGCAAACCCCAUCCGCUCGCUGCCCAACCCGUCAUUCCCGUGGUGGAAGCGACCACGCUCUUCGGGCACAUCAGCGUCGGCAUCGAGAUCGUCGGUGACCUCCUAGUCCUGCUCUUGACGUUCCCCUUCGCUCUCGAUGCGGAAGACCGCCUGUAUGUCUUCGACUGGAAGACGGGGGACGUGAAACUGACGCACACUGCUCGCGGCAUGACCUACACUUCCUUCACAUUCCUCUCGCCCACGACCAUCGUCCUCCCCAACCUCCAAGCCGCCACCCUCGAGCUCUGCGACCUGACCGACCCCGAUCCCGGCCCGCCACCCCGCCUCAAGAUCCACACCCGCCUGGGCCUCCCGCGGCUGUACUCCACCUGCCGCAUCAUGCGCGUCGGGUGCCGCGGCGAGCCCAACCCCGCGCCCUCCCCCCGGGGCCCGCGCUACCCGCGCGACCCCGCGCCCUUCCACGACGCGCCCGCCGACGCGAUCAUCGUCUUCAACCUGCUCAUCCAGGAACAGCCCCUCCUCCAACAACUCACCUCCGUCUCCUUCGUCGUGCACCGCAGCAGCCUGCUCGCGCGGCUCGCGGCGGGCGCGCAGGUGCCGUGGGCGCGCUGGGGCCCGCGCGCGACGCGCUGGUUCGACUCGGACGACGUGCCGACGCGCUGGAUCACGACGACGUGCGGGCAGCGGUACGUGACGACCGCGGACGAGCUCCCGUCGCGCGUGACGGUGAUGGACUUUGGGAGGCACGCGGUGGGCCGCGCGCUCGCGCGCGCGGUGCCGGUCGAGCUGGAGGACGGGAAGCGCGUGUGGGUGCAUGUGCUGCCGUCGACGCUGCCGGACCAGCUGAACGUGUUUGAGGAGGAGGUCACGUCCGAGCUGCCGUAUGUGGAGACAAUUUCGGAUCUUGAGUUUGAGUACGACGCCGUCCUCAUGGACGAGGAGAGGAUUAUAGGAAUGAAGAUGGACGACGUCAAUGAUAGGGUGGAUCAGAUCGACAUACUCUACAUGUCGAAGGAAGAACAAGCACGUCCGACGUACCGUCUCACCGAAGUGGACUAUUGGAAUAGCUUAGGGAUGGAUGAUGACAUUUAGC